CGGUGGAGACGGUUUGAUUUGGGAGUAACGCCGAAAUGGCUUCAUCUCGCUUCCUGGAGCCGCAGAGAGAGGCAGUGCUGAGACGGAAAAACAGACAGGAAUUUACAUAGGAAAUACAAGUGGCAAGAAGUGAGAGGGGGGCAACUGGCAGCGUUCCAGCCUCCCUCUAUUUAUAGAAAUAAUCUAUCGGCUAAUUUUAUUUCUAAUGUGUGUAUUUACCGGAAAGGACAGAGAAUAUAGAGGAAGUUAGUGCGAACACGGGAACAUCCAGCGAGGUGGAGGCGGCGUAGGGUCUGAUCGCUGCCCUCGCAUCUUUUUCCGGAGCAGAGAUAUUUCUGUUAAAAUUUCAUAUUCCCGACCCAAUAAGGGGGGCUGCGGAACAUGGGCUGUUUAAGCAAGACGGAGGAGCAGGGUAUCGACGAGAAAGCGCGACGGAAAGCCAAUAAAAAAAUAGAGAAACAGUUACAAAAAGAAAGACUAUCUUACAAAGCCACACAUCGGUUGCUGUUACUGGGCGCCGGAGAAUCCGGAAAGAGUACCAUUGUCAAGCAGAUGCGGAUCCUGCACGUCAAUGGUUUCAAUGCAGAGGAAAAGAAACAGAAAAUCCAGGACAUUCGGAGGAAUGUGAAGGAUGCCAUAGUGACUAUAGUAUCAGCGAUGAGCACUUUAAUACCCCCAGUUCUACUAGCCAACCAAGGAAACCAGUUCAGAGUUGACUACAUCAGAAGUAUAGCUCGCCAUUCUGACUUCGACUACACCCAGGAGUUCUUUGACCAUGCGAAGAAGCUGUGGGAAGACGAGGGGGUGAAGGCCUGCUUUGAGCGCUGCAAUGAAUACCAGCUCAUCGACUGUGCGCAGUACUUUCUUGACAGAAUUGAUUCUGUGAGACAGAACGACUAUACACCGACAGACCAGGACUUGCUUCGAUGCAGAGUUUUGACUUCAGGGAUUUUUGAAACAAAAUUUCAAGUAGACAAAGUUAAUUUUCAUAUGUUUGAUGUAGGUGGCCAGAGAGAUGAAAGAAGAAAAUGGAUUCAGUGCUUUAAUGAUGUUACUGCUAUUAUCUUUGUUGUUGCGAGCAGCAGUUACAACAUGGUAAUCAGGGAAGACAACACCACCAACCGGCUACGAGAGGCUCUGGAUCUCUUCCGAAGCAUCUGGAAUAACAGGUGGUUACGGAACAUUUCGGUCAUCCUAUUCUUGAAUAAACAAGACAUGCUGGCGGAGAAGGUAUUAGCAGGAAAAUCCCAAAUUGAAGACUAUUUUCCUGAAUAUGCUCGUUAUACGAUGCAAAAUGAAGGAACUCCUCAGCCUGGGGAAGACCCAAGAGUGACCAGAGCCAAGUGCUUCAUUCGAGAUGAAUUCCUUAGGAUCAGCAUGCCCAGUGGAGACCGCAAGCGCUACUGCUACCCGCACUUCACCUGUGCUGUUGACACAGAGAACAUCCGACGUGUUUUUAAUGACUGCCGGGACAUCAUCCAAAGAAUGCAUCUUCAGCAUUAUGAGCUCUUAUGAUAGACGGACGCACCUGUUCAUGUGCGGACAGUGAGCGCCACUUGACGCUGUGAAAUUUGUCAUUUUUCCCACAAUGCCAUUAGAACCACAUGUCAUUCUUGCGGUCAGGAACACGUGGGAGCGCAUUCUUCCUUCAUACUCCAGCUUUUGUGUCAUUCCAGUCAGUCCGUGACUACCUCUCUUUCUGUUAUUUUUGGUGUCACGCCUGGACCAUCUAAUAUUGCCUGCGGGUGGGAGAGAGGUGGCAUUUUCCCAGGGUGCAGGAGUACCGACUUUGUGACUCACCCCUGUGAUGUGCGGGGCCUCUGCAUUGAUGGCGGAGGACGGGGUGGUACCUCUGUGCCACACAGGAGGAGUACAGGUCAUGUAGCUUCAGGAUAUUGAUUACAUCGUCAUACAAGUUGUCGAUCAACCGUCUACUUUUUGCAAAGGAGGUGGAAGUGGACAUUCUGGGGCAACUCCAGUGUCAGAGCUGUGCCAGCUCCAUCAUCAUACUGGCCUACAUCCUCUUGGACCAUUAUCUUAUAUACACUGUAGAGCUGUGUGUAAAUAUGUAUAUGUAUGUAUGUAUAUAUGUAUGUGUAUAUAUUUGUACAUACGUCUGUAUGAAUGUAUGUGUGUGUAUAUAUACAUUUAGAUAUGCACACACACCCAUACAUAUAUGUAAAAUAUUUUGUUUAACCUUGUAAUGGUGUACAAGGUUUAUUAUCUUGUAUACACUGUAAAAUGUAAUAUUAUUUUGUACAACGCUAUUGAAAAAAACUACUUGUAGAAGAUCUUUGUGCCUUGAUUAUGGCUGUACCUGUAAAAUUAACUCAGAUGUAAGUAUGUUUUUGACUGCACUGUACAGCUUGAUGUCAAAUUUAUCAUAAGAAGAAAUCGUGGGGGGGGGGGGCUUUCUCUGUAGACUUUAGUUUUUUUUCUGGUUUAUAAAAAAGGACAUGCUGUUUAGUAAAAAAAUAAAAUAGGAAAAAUUCCUGUAUACAUUAUGCAAAUGUGGCUGUUGCUUGCAGUUAUGACUGGCAGAAAUGGCCCGUGCCUUAACUUCUGUUCUGUCUUUGUCUCACACUCACCAUCGGUAACUAUACUUUCUGUAGGAGAUUCUUAUCAGUACUUAGUCUGUCGGCGAUAUAAAGUGACACUGUGUGCGCGUGUUUCUAAUGAAUGUAUAUGUACAUCUAAAUCUGCAUUGUGAUAAGCAUGCUGAUUUAUUCCCAAACAUGAAACUGAAGCUUCAUGAUGAGGUUCACUCUGAAAUCGACAUGAAAUGAAAUGUGAAUGCAGACUGGAAGGCCAAAGCCGGGAAAUGCAGUUGGACUGUAUGGACUUAGAAGUGGAAACAAAGCUGUAGGGCAGCUAAUUUGUGAUGCUGAACCCAUUUCACAGCGAAUAAGGGGAUGUGUGAACAGAAUUCAAAGUCGUCAUCCAAGAGGAACCUGAAAAAUGUCUGAUCAAAAUUCAAAGUGGUUAACAAAAGAUACUCUAGAAAUGGCAAAGAAGAGAAGCCAGAGUCAGGCAAGAUAAUUAGUACUGAAUCACAAAAUCCAGAGAGAUCUACAAAACAACCACAAGAAGAAAUAAGCAUGGGAAAGUCCAGCUGCUGCUUCUGAAGAUUUGUGGGAUUAAAAAGAAGUUCCAACCUCAAAUGGGGAUGUCAGUGGGCAAAUAACUGACAACAGAGGUCAGAGAUGCAAGGGAUAAGAGGCCAGUAGCAGAGACAUCAGCAGCCAAGAUAUAUUUAAGGUGGUCUGACAUGUGGAAGAACCUUCAUUAAUGUUAGUUAGUGGAAGGCCAGAUCAUUGCUGCCAGAAAGCCAUUGGGGAUAGUUGGCAUUGUGAUUGAAAUAUUAUGGAAAAUAAAUAAUGAAAAAAAAGAUAAACAACCAGUCUAAGUAACUGAAGGCCGGGUUUGGAAAUGAUCACAGCAGCUAAAGCACUAAUGAUGCACUGCCUUGCUACAGUUCAGUCCAAGCCAUUUCACUUCUCUCCCACCAGGCUGUCAUUGAUAGUUGUUUAGCUUA